ACUUUUUUGCAGUCGAUCCCGCGGGCGAAGAUGGCUUUAGUGAAGAGUGGCUGGCUCUGGAGGCAGAGUUCACUUUUGCGUCGCUGGAAGAAGCACUGGUUUGACCUGUGGAUGGACGGAGGUCUGGUCUAUUACCCUGAUGACAGUCGGCAGAACAUAGAAGAACGCAUAACCCUAAAAUAUAACUGCUUGAACGUCCAAUCGGGACAGGAGUGUGGAGAGAUCCAACCCCCAGAGGGAAGCCACCAGAACUCCUUAGUCACCGUAGAACUCAGGGACCGCGCCAGACUUCUGCUGUGUGCGGAGAGCGAGGACGACGCAGUAGCUUGGAAGAUUUCCCUCCAGGACAUGAAGUCCACUCCGGUUUACUUCUACAACCCCUAUGAUGACUAUUACCAGACAGUUCCCAUGAACGCUCACCACGCUGUCUACGUCAACCACGGCUACUGUGGCCCCGGCUAUGGUCCCGGCAUGACGCAGGUCGUUGUCAGAGACCAGCGUGACACGUUCGGAGAACAAAUGGCAUUGGGCCUGCUGGCCGGUGCCAUCACCUCCUCGGCCCUUAGCUCCCUCAUUUGGAUGCCAUGCUGGUUCUGAGGAGUGUCAAUCAGAAAAGGAAGACG